AGUUUCCUGUGUUUGGUGCCUGAUGAGGCCAAGUCAUCGUAUCAAGUCGAAGGCACAGGCUAUGACACCUACCUCAGAGACGCUCACAGACAGUUCAGGGACUAUUGUGGGGUCUGCCAGCGGUGGGACUGGAGGGGGAAUCCAAAACCUUUAGAGAAGUGUAACCUGGACAGCCCGUUCUUCGAGGGCCACUUCCUCAAAGUUCUCUUCGACAGGAUGGGCCGCAUCCUCGACCAGCCCUACGAUGUGAACCUGCAGGUGACCGCUGUGCUCUCCAAGCUCUCCAUGUUCCCGCACCCCCACCUGCACGAGUACCUGCUGGACCCUUACAUCAACCUGGCCCCCGGCUGCAGGUCCCUGUUCUCUGUCAUCGUCAGGGUGGUGGGAGAUCUCAUGUUGAGGAUCCAGCGAAUCCCAGACUUCACCCCCAAACUGCUUCUCGUCAGGAAGAGAUUAUUAGGUCUGGAGCCGGAGGGCAUCAAUGUGGACCACAUGACUCUGCUGGAGGGCGUGAUCGUGCUGGAGGAGUUCUGCAAGGAGCUGGCGGCCAUUGCCUUCGUCAAAUACCACGCAGCUUCCUCCUCCUCCUCCUCCUCACCGUGAG